GGCACAUAUGUGGUCGCAUCAGCAAAACCAUUCAUAGAGGUUCAUUCUCUCGAAGCAUGACACUGAACCACUCCAUCUUCUAAUGGCUUCCACUUCCACUCUCCAAUUCCACUCCCUUUCAUUCCAGACCUCAAUUUGGGUCGCAAGGCAUCAAACGCCUGGAUUGCUUAGACCCCAAUUCGGGUCCGGUAACUGUCGGUUCAUCUGGGCUCGACGGCUAAAACCCACCCACAGGUUCCUAGUUAGAGCCAUUGACGGCUCAGUUAGCUCUAAUGGUGAAAACCCUAGUGCCCUUAAUGAUGAUUACAAGUUUACCACAAACCUCAAGGACCCAGUUGACAAAUUCCACGUAAUGGUCUGCUCAGUCCCUCCCAUUGUCUUCAAGAUACGACAACGAGUAGGAUCGAAUUUGGCAAUUGGUUUAUGUAUUGCAACUGCAUUUUUGGUGGUUGCUCUGAGAGUGUUCAUGGUGAGGAAGUCGAAGAACAACCGUCAAGGCUCUGUCGCUGAUCUUGUUAGACGCGGUCAGCUUAGGUCCGAUAGAAGAGGCAUUUCAAAGCCUCUCAUGUACGAUGACCCAUUCAAUAAUCCAUUGGUUAAAGUUGGUAAGGGAAAUUCGACUAUAGAGAUGUGUGGAAAGGUUUAUCGCCUUGCCCCAAUUACUCUUACGAAAGAGGAACAAGCUAUCCAUCGAAAGAGGAGGUCGCGGGCAUACCAGUGGAAGAGACCGACAAUGUUCCUUAAAGAAGGGGAUUUAAUACCUGCUGAUGUUGACCCUGAUACAGUUAGGUGGAUCCCUUCCAAUCAUCCUUUUGCAACCACUGCUGGUGACAUUGAUGAAGACUUGGCACAGACCAAUGUGUAUCAGAAACAUGGUGUACCGUAUCGGAUUCAGGCUGAGCAUGAAGCAUUGCAGAGAGAGCAAAAGGAGAGCAGGUUAGUGAUGGAUUCUAGCGAUGCUACAGAUCCUGUGAGUGCAUUCAAGUCUAGCCCCAAAUCACCUGAACAGGGGGAAGAUAGCCACAUCAAUAAUGAAGGUGGUGACUCCAAGCCACCGUUAUGAGAAUGUGUGCCUCAAAUUCCUAGCAUGUCAUCCUCCGAGAAAAGGCAUAAACCCUGAAUUUAAGUCUCGCUUCUAUUUCUGCCAUUCAGCAAUGCCUGGAAUUUUGAGUUAAAGUUAGCAGGUCAAGAUAUCAGUUGCAACUUGAUGUAUCUACUUCAGAUCUUCAGCUCUAAAAGUUCAGGUCGGCCUGUAAAUAGGAUGUAGUUUAUUUCUUUUCUGAAAUAUACUGUUUUGUAGAUGAGAAUUUAAUAUUCUAGAAUGGUGCUCUCUUUACUUUAUCUG